AUGUCAUCCUCAGUGGGAUUACAAGACAUUAUUGCUGAAGAUCAAUUAUGGAUUAUUCACAGGAUCAUCACAGGUUAUACACAAUUCUCUGCACAAAUUAUGUGGAUCAUUGACUUUAUUCAGACACUUCCCAUGGAGAUCACUGUCACAUGGUCCACACCACUGACUGGGACUGCUAUCAUAUUUCUUAUCAACCGCUACGCAGUUGGAAUCAGCACUAUUGUCACUUUUAUCUUUACAAGCCCUGGCUCUAUCAGUAAUGGCAGUUGCCAAGGAAUGGACCAUUUCUUGGACACCACAAACCUGAUCUCAAUUAUUGCUACAAACUUGUUAUUCACUCUUCGGGUCUAUGCUAUAUGUGGUCAUAGUAAGAUCAUUCUCCUCUUGGCAUUGACAAUGCUACUUCCACGAUUAGGGGUUGAUAUUUGGAAACUCACCCCCAGUAUGGGUGUAGCCCUUUCAACCACAGGGACACAAUUUGAGGUGUUUUCCCAGUGCGCAUUGACAGCUCCUAGUAGUUCCUUAUUUAAUAAACAUGGCCGAAUAAGUAUUGCAGAGGUCAUAUUGAGAGACGGAAGCCUAUACUUUCUUUUGGUAUUUCUUUUUUCUGCUGCAAAUAUUGUCCUUCAGUUUGAUGCUACCGAAGCUGUAGGAUUAGUUAGUGAUAUAUUGGGACCAUAUUUCACUCUGAUGCCAAACCUUUUGGUUAACCGCCUUUACCUCAAUCUUCGUAUGAUGAAUGUUCCACCUACUCCCACAAACUCCAAAAAUAACAAUAUACGGGAACCUGAGGCUGUUCGAAAUCGAGUCCUUGGUAACAUUGGAGCACCCCUUGACCCAGACUGGUGGAACACCCAGUUUGAUGAGGAUGAGGAGUUGAAUGAUGAUGGCUUAGGGGAAGAAGCAGACCGAAUGGGUACUCAUGCAGGAGAUGGGACGACUACACUUGUCCCAGUCGUCUAUGAUGAAGAGCCUGGAGCAGAUAUUGAGAUGGUGCCCAUCCAAAGAGAAGUGCCCAACGCAGGGCCAUCUCGCUCCGGAAGUAAUGUUAGUAACAUGGCUUAA